GCCACAUUGAAGGAACUUUUGAGAGCGGAGUCGGGUCGAAUCCCUCUCCGUUGCCUUCACGGCUCACCGGAGCGUCGGACACUUGUUUCCGAACAGAUUCGCGCCCUUUCUCCAAGCCAUCAACAUGACGAGGUUUUGCACCCCCGUCCUCCUUCUGCUCGUCGCCCAAGUCGCAAGGGGAUCACCCUUCCCGCAGGGGGGCGCCCACUCCAGCGCCGAAAUGCGCCAGAGAAACAGAAACUGGUGCGCGCACGUCGUGCACAAGAACGUCAGCUGCGCCGUGGUGGGGGGCUCGGAGAGCUUCGCGCAGCCGGAGUUUCUGCGGUGCGGACCGGAGAAGAGCAACUGUGCGCAGCGGGUCAUCUAUCGCACGCACUUCAGGCCCACAUACAAGCUGGACUACAAGACGGUGACGGAGCUGCAGUGGAGGUGCUGCCCAGGCUACCAGGGCCACGACUGCAUGGAGGUGAAAAGCAGCACCAAGUUUCCCGAGCAAAGGCCAGCGAAUCAGGACCCGUUCGCUCCUGCGCCAAUUCAAGGCGAGCGUACGGACCACCAGAGGGACCCUCGUGGGAACCAUCCGUGGCGAGAUCCUGGCGCUGCGCUCCGUCUGGAGGAUGAGGUGCAGGAGCUCACCCAGAUGGUGCUGGACAUGCAGGCCAGGAUAACAGACUUGUCCUCCAACCUGAGGCUGGACUUGCAGGAGGACGCGAGCAAGAUCCUCCACGUGCUGCUGGAACAGAUGGGGCAACCCUCCCAGCCUGCCAGCGCGAGAGGUGCCGAGACCAGGACGGUGGAAUUGCUCUCCGUGGACGAGCUCAUGAAUAAGAUCAGCCUCCUGGAGAGCAGCCGUGACACCUGGAACCAUCUGGAGGAACGGGUCAACCAGCACGAGGGACAAAUUCGGCAUCUAAUGGAGGACCCGCCUGCUCCCCCCUGUGACGGUGAACUGCGGGCGUAUGUGGACGAGAGCAUCCGCGCUUUGAGAAAAGAGCUGAUGGAGGGCAUGGAAAUCAAGCUGGCCGACCUGAAGAACUCGUGCGACUACAAGAUCACGUCCAUGCAGCAGGAGGAGCAGGAGGACCAUUACCAGAACUUGACCGAGCUCAUGGAGUCCAAAGAAAAUGACCUCCGCCGCCAAAUGGAAGAGAUGAAGACCGAGCUGGAGGAGUCGCAAACCAGACGGGUUUCGGACUCGUUUCUGUACACACUCGAGGGACUUGUGAAUUCUUCUGUGGUGGAGAAGAGUCUGAAGAGAGAUCAGGAAGAAGCCAUUCAGGACUUGAAGGAGAAGCUCAUUUUAAUGGAAGACAGAGUAAACCGCCAAACUCCUGAAGAUCUCCAACCAAACACUCUCAGGGUCACUCUGCAAACAUUGGAGAGCAGACUAAACACCUUGGACCUUGGACUCUUCACGGCAAACUUGACUGUCUUGGAAAAGAGCCAAGAGACGGCUUCAGAGAAGCUUCAAGGUGUUGAGGGUCGACUUCUAACCCUGGAGAGGCUACAUGGCAGGCUGAGCGAUGUCGAAUAUCUGGCGUGGAGGCUAAAGGACCUGGGCUGUCCCGAGGAGAUCGCCGGAGCCCAAGCGGUCGGUGGUGCGAAGCGGCAGGAGGUCGAGAGGUGCCGGAAGAUCCUGAAGGAUGUCGCAGAAGUGGCGAAGGAUCUCCAGAUCCAGACAGGCGUGACGGUGGAAGCGGGACCGCCUCUGUCGGUCCAUCCGAGCCCCGCGGACGCGUCCCCGCAGACCCCUUCGGCCACGGAGGCGGGCGAGGCGGGCCCCCCAGGUAGGAUGACGCUGUCGACCAAGCUUCCCGACGGGACUCACGGCAGCACGGCGCACGAGCUCGGUUUUGCCGGCGCGCCGGCUCCAUCGGUAAAAGUUGUUGAGGCGCUACCCUACACACUUCCUUCCGUUCCAGCAGAUGCAGCGGCGCAGCUCAAACAGGACAAGAUCUCCUUCUCCGCCGGCCUCGACGGACCGCCGAUUCGCAGCAAGUCGGGGGUCAUCCGCUUCGACACGGUGCUGGUCAACGACGGGGGCCACUACGACCCGAGCACGGGCCUCUUCACGGCCCCCGUGGACGGCCGCUACCUGCUGAGCGCCGUGCUCGCCGCCCAACCCGGCAACAAGAUGGAGGCGGUCCUGUCGGUGGACCAGCGCGUCGUCCACAGUUUCGACUCCAGAGUGGAGGCGGCCGGCGAGCCGUGCGCCGGCCUCUGCGCCCCGGCCUCGGUCACCCUGGUGGUGGCCAUGAGGCGAGGGGAGCGGGCAGCGGUGACGUUGACGGCGGGGGAGCUCGCCUCCGCCUCCGCCAGCACCCUGUCAUCCUUCAGCGGGGUCCUGCUGUACCCGUCUCGCCGGUAG